UGCCACCUGUCAGUGUCCAUCAGGUUGCCAAGUUGUCAGUGCUCAUCAGUGCCUCGUGCCAGUGCCCAUCAGGUGAACACAUUUCAGUGCCUACCAUGUGCAAACAUCAGUGCCACAUAUCAGUGCCCAUCUGAGCUGCCUUUCAUUGCCGCCUAACAGUGCCAGUCAGUGCCGCCUAUCAGUGCCAUAUAUGAAGUGCUGCCUUUCAGUGCACCUCAGUGAUGUCUGUCAAUGCCCAUCGAUUGCCACCUACCAGUGCCUCCUCAUCAGUGCCAUCAGUGCACACUAUCAGUGUCCAUCAGUGCACCUAUCAUGCCCAUCACACAACCUC